CCCCAGGAUAGUGAUAUCGUUUAAUCUCGCCAUUCCACUUUACCGAGUCCGGCACUACAUUGAGCAAUGCGCUAGACAAAAAAGUGCGAAAAAAGUACGGAUGUAAAUCGGCAACAAGAAUGCAAGCGCGAUAACCAUCAUAACCCUCCCCCGCCAUCUCGGGACUCUCCAGAUGGCGGCGCAAACCCUCUACAGGUCGCUGCUCCGGCGCCAACUCCAGUUCUUUCGAUCCCGCCCACAGAGCCAGAGACGAGGCCGGUCCUCCAAGCCCGAUGGACAAUCAAAACCAGGCCCCGAGGAGGGCCAGAUCCCCGUCGCCAACAAUGUCCCGACGCUCCCCUUCUGGCAGAGGCUCGGUCCUCUGACGCGCGUGGCCGAGGCGUAUGCGAGAGCCCAGCGAACGAGGCCGUAUGUGACGCAGCUGUGCAGUUCCCUGGUCAUCUACCUUUGCGCCGAUUUCUCGGCGCAGAACAUGAGCGGGAAAGAAUACGAUCCGGAGCGGACGGGGAGGUCGUUGACCAUCGGUGCCAUAUCAUCGAUUCCGAGCUACGAAUGGUUCAUGUUCCUCUCGCGGAACUUCAACUACGCGUCGCGCAUCCUCUCACUCGUGACCAAGGUGGUCGUCAACCAGCUCUGCUUCACGCCGGUUUUCAACAGCUACUUCUUCGGGAUGCAGUCGUUCUUGGCGGGCGACAGCAUGGCCGAGGUGUGGGAGCGGAUCAGGCGGACCGUCCCCGUCAGCUUCGUCAACUCGCUGAAGCUGUGGCCUGCGGUGACGGCGUUCAGCUUCACGUUCAUCCCGCUGGAAUACCGGAGCAUCUUCGCCGGCGUGAUCGCUGUCGGCUGGCAGACAUAUCUGAGUUUCCUCAACCGCAUGGCCGAGGAAGCGGAGCCGUCAAGGAAGGACGAGCAUUCCGCGCCGCAUCCGCUUCAAACAGCGCUUCGGCCGCUGAAGAGCCCGAGUUAUCGAACAUUUCAGGCCAGACCCGCCAACCGAACCUCGCAACGGUCCGCGUCCUCGACGAGCUCGUCCAGCUCUACAGACUCGCUGCUGCUCUCACGGCUGAAAACCAUUGCAUUCGGCGCGUCGGUGGCGGCAUCAUCAUACCUUGUCUUCCUCUACGCGACCGACACGCGGGCGUCCAUCCACCAGUGGCUCAUCCCGCCCCUCAUCCGCGCCCUCUUCCCCGACGCCGAGGACGCCCACCACGCCGGCACGACGGCCCUCAAGGUCCUCUACCCCCUGGGCCUCCACCCCCGCGAGCGCCCGCCGCGCAGUAGCAGCCAACAGCCCGGUGGUGCCGACGACGACCUCUCGGUGACCGUGUUCGGCGCCCGCCUCGCCAACCCCAUCGGCAUAUCCGCGGGCCUGGACAAGGACGCCGACGUCCCCGACGCCCUGUUCGCCCUGGGCCCCGCCGUCGUCGAGGUCGGCGGCUGCACGCCCCUGCCCCAGGACGGGAACCCGCGCCCCCGCGUCUUCCGCGUGCCCGCACUCGACGGCCUCGUCAACCGCUACGGGCUCAACUCGCGCGGCGCCGACGCCAUGGCGGCGCGCCUGCGCGCACGCGUCAGGGCGUUUGCGCGGCGGCUCGGCGUCGCCGAGAGGGACGUGCUGGACGGGAGGGUCGAGGUUGAUGUCGUCGGUCAGGGGCGGGUGGUGCCGCCGGGGGGCCUGCACCCGGGCCGGCUGCUGGCGGUGCAGGUGGCCAAGAACAAGGGCACGGACGAGAAGGACGUGGACGCGGUGAUUGGCGACUACGUGUACUGCGUCAAACGCCUGGCGCCGUACGCGGACGUGCUGGUGGUCAACGUCAGCAGCCCCAACACGCCCGGCUUGCGGGACCUGCAGGCGACGGAGCCGCUGACGAGGCUCCUGAGCGCCGUGGUGGAGGAGGCCGGGCGGGCGGACCGCAGGACGAAGCCGAGGGUCAUGGUCAAGGUGUCGCCCGACGAGGACGACGAGUCCCAGAUGGAGGGCGUCGUCCAGGCUGUGUGGAUGAGCGGCGUCGACGGCGUCAUCGUGGGCAACACGACGAAGCGGAGGACCGGGUUGGUGCCGCCGGCGCUCGCGCUGUCUAGGAAGGAUCAGAGCGCGUUCCUCGAGGACGGCGGGUUCUCGGGCCCGGCCAUGUUCGACAGGACGCUUGACCUGGUGAGGAGAUAUAGGAAGAUGCUGGACGGGCAUUCCCUCCAGGCGGGAUCGGGGCCUUCCGCUUCCCCGAAGGUCAUCUUCGCCACAGGAGGCAUCACGAAUGGCGAGCAGGCCCUGAAAGUCCUCAAUGCUGGGGCGAGUGUUGCCAUGGUCUACACGGGAUUGGUGUAUGGCGGGUCGGGGACCGUCACGAGGAUAAAGCGCGAAAUGAAGGAUGAGCUGCAAAGCUGAUGGACAAUGGACUUUGUAGAUUAUUAUGCUAGAAGCUAGAUUAGAGGGUUCUUUCCAUCGCCAGUCCAGAAACCCCGUUCUCAGACGUGAACCCAU